AUGGCAGAAUUCGUUCGCUCGCAGAUCCUGGGGACCACCUUCGAGACCACCAACAGAUAUGCCGAUAUCCAGCCUGUUGGACUUGGGGCCUUUGGGCUUGUUUGCUCUGCCUAUGACAUGAUCACACGCCAGCCAGUAGCAAUCAAGAAGAUGAUGAAGCCGUUUUCCAACUCCACGAUCGCCAAGCGCACUUACCGAGAAGUCAAGCUGUUGAAGCAUCUGCGUCAUGAGAAUCUAAUCGGUCUCAGUGACAUUUUCAUCUCUCCACUAGAGGACGUAUAUAUGGUGACGGACCUUUUGGGGACGGAUUUGAACCGCCUCCUCACUGCAACUCCUCUGGAUGGCAAAUUUGUUCAGUAUUUCACGUACCAGCUUCUGCGAGGUUUGAAAUAUAUCCACUCGGCAGGCGUCAUCCACCGUGAUCUCAAGCCGAGCAAUAUUUUGGUUAACGAAAACUGUGACCUGAAGAUCUGUGAUUUUGGUCUCGCUCGACUGCAGGAGCCCCAGAUGACGGGAUACGUCUCCACCAGGUACUACCGAGCACCGGAGAUUAUGCUAACCUGGCAAAAAUACGGAAUGGAGGUGGAUAUCUGGAGUGCGGGUUGUAUCGCUGCAGAGAUGCUCCGCGGAAAGCCUUUGUUCCCUGGAAAAGAUCACAUCCAUCAGUUCUUUUUGAUCACCGAAGCCCUCGGGAAUCCACCCGAUGAAGUUGUUGAGAGAAUUUGCACCAAGACGACUCUGGAUCUUGUCAAGUCACUGCCGAGCCGCCAGCCACCUCCUUGGAAAUCUCUGUUCCCGGGCUCUGAUAGCGAUGCCAUCGAUCUUCUCGGAAAGAUGCUCAUUUUUGAUCCAGAGAAGCGACUUUCUGCUGCGCAAGCACUGGAGCACCCGUACCUGGGAGUGUAUCACGAUCCAACUGAUGAACCAGUGGCGGAGCAUCAGUUCGAUUGGACAUUCAGUGAAGUGGCACAUUCGAUCGAUGAGUGGAAAAUCAUGAUAUACUCCGAAGUUGUGGAUUUCCAUAAUCUUGGACCUACCGGGCAACUAGCCAUUACAGAAGCUUUCUUGUCUCCUGACGUGAGCCUCAGUCCAGAGGUGCUUGACCCGCUUAACUCACCGGAGAAUCAAAGCAUGAUCGUCAAAACGAUGGACAAUCUGGAUCAGGAUAUCAUGCAGUAUCUCCAGAUCUAG